AUGUCCUGCUACGACCUGUGCCGUCCCUGUGGCCCAACCCCUCUGGCCAACAGCUGCAACGAGCCCUGUGUCCGACAGUGCCAGGACUCCAGGGUGGUGAUCCAGCCUUCUCCUGUGGUGGUGACUCUGCCUGGUCCCAUCCUCAGCUCCUUCCCCCAGAACACUGCUGUGGGAUCCACCACCUCUGCUGCUGUUGGAAGCAUCCUGAGUGAGGAGGGAGUGCCCAUCAACUCCGGGGGCUUUGGCCUCUCUGGGCUCGGUGGUCGCUACUGUGGCAGGGGGGGGCCGGUUCACUGCAACGAGCCCUGUGUCCGGCAGUGCCAGGACUCCACGGUGGUCAUCCAACCCUCGCCCGUGGUGGUGACCCUGCCUGGCCCCAUCCUCAGCUCCUUCCCCCAAAACACCACCGUGGGAUCCUCAGCCUCUGCAGCUACUUCCCUCUGUCCUACAGAUAUGUCUUCCUACGACCUGUGUUGUCCCACCUCCUGUGGCCCAACCCCUCUGGCCAACAGCUGCAACGAGCCCUGUGUCCGACAGUGCCAGGACUCCACCACCCUCAGCUCUGAGGGGGUGCCCAUCAACUCUGGCAACUCCUCAGGGUUUGGCAGCUUUGGCUACCCAGGCCUGGGCAGUGGGUACAGUCGGCCCAACCGGCGCUACAGCUCCUACCGCAGCGGCUUCGGAGAGCCCUGCUAG